AUGUUUUCGAACAACAACAACACAAAUGGAUGGAACCAGGCCAAGGGGUUUUCUAGUACACCACCUGCCACUGCAGCCAACCAAAACUCGAAUUCAUUGUUUGGAUCCUCGUCCAGCGCUCCCAAACCGUCGCUUUCUAGUGGACUUUUUGGUAAUUCUACCAAUACUUCCAAACCACUGGUGGGAGGUGUUCCCACCAAUACAUCGACGUUCAACCCGACCGCCACGUCGUCAAACACCCUUUUCUCCACCAACACGCCCGCUCAGACCAGCACAAUGCCUACCUCAAAUGGAUCUACACAACCGUACCUGACGAGCACAAUAUUUCAAGGUAUUCCAACCAACUACGAGAUUCCAGCGUCCAUCACUGGCGACUUGUUCUCGGACGACAACGACUCGUCCAAGAAUACAGGAAGGUCGUUCUUUAAUUUGGCCAGCGAACGGACUGCCACAGAUUCUAAAAAAGAUAGUUCUUCGUUAUUCUCCAAGAUUGCUGGACGGUUCAACAUUUUCAAGUCAACUCGAGUAUACGACGAAGCCCUUGACAAUUCCAAGGGAAUAUUCGCUGCAAGUGAUUUCCCUAGCUCGAAGACCUUGACACUUGGUGGUGGGAGAGGUGGUAAGAACAGAAUCACCAAACCGGUUAAGUUCAGCCUGAUAGAAGCCCGAUCAACCAACGAAACCAAAAAGUUGAUAAUUAAGUCAAAACCUUUGAAAUUCCAUUUGAUCAAUGCCGACAAGGUGUUGGACUCCAAAAGAAAACGGGUUAUAACAUCGUUGGUGCCGUCCGAUAGACUUCUCAAUGAUGAGCCCGAAGUACAAGACGACGAUUCUGAUUUCGAAUUCUCCAGCACCAGUUUCGAGAAAUCUAAGCUCUCCAACCACUCCAAAAUCAUUAGAGGAAUACCAGAGCAUAGCACAUCAACCGAGUCGUACGGCGCAAGAACCCAGACCAGUGAAGAUGGGUAUUGGUGUUCUCCAUCUAUCCAUGAAUUGGCCUCCUGGUCCUUGAAAGAUUUGUCCAGCAUCGACAAUUUCAUAAUUGGCCGUAAAGGGUAUGGUCAAAUAGCCUUUAACUACGCGGUGGACUUGUCAGACAUAAAGAGAAAGUGUUCGGAGGAAAGCAAACUGUUUGACUCGGAGCUUUUCUUCAACAUUGUAGAAAUUGGAUCAAAAUACGUGAAAGUGUACAAAGAUAGCAAAACAAAACCUCCUCGAGGGUUCGGCAUGAAUGUCCCCGCUACAAUUACGUUGGAAAAUAUUAAUCCAACUAGUGGCAAGGACUUGAACUCGUUUAUUACAGUGCUUAAACAAAAAGAAGGAAUGGAGUUUGUUACAUACGAUCCCAUUGUAUUCACAUGGACCUUCAGGGUUCAGCAUUUCAGCAUCUGGGGGCUUGAAGAUGAAAACGGACGGGAAAUCACUAGACAGUCCAAUAAUGACGAUGACUAUAUCAAAGAGCUCAAGAGACAAAAAAUCAGUCGUGAUACACAAGGACUUCCAGGAAACUGGAGUAACGAUGCCGACGAGUCGGUUUUGAAUUUGAAACGGAACUUAUUGAACAACGAGAUUGACUCCCAGAUCAACAUAUUCAACGGCUCCCCAACUUCCCGUUUGUCUGCUUCAACAAAGAGAGGCGAUUCAAAAGAUUUCUUGGAAGAUGCUCUUAUCAAUGACGAUAUUGUUCCAGCCCCUGCUAACGACAACUAUGAAUACUUGCGGAAAUUGGUGAGUGUUUUACCAGCCAACAUAGACUUUCUGGAGAUUGUUCAGGAGAAAGCUUAUGAACCCAUAGUGGAAGAAUCUGCAUUUAAUGCCAUUCAACCGAGACCGAACAUAGCUGUUUCAGACGAUUGGUUGGUUCAAUUGCACUUGACAAACGACUUAAACUCGGCUUUGGCACAGUAUUUAUCUAACCCGUCUGUCAACAUUCAAGAAGAUGGCAAACAUAAGAUGGAUCUGAUUGAUGCCUUAUUGUUCGGGGCCUUGAACGAAAGUGCUGAAUCUAGUAAGGAUGUUUCCACACCUCUGGUUAAAACAGACGAUGUGAAAAUGGCAGAUGAAGUUCCAGAGAUUGAGAACAGGGCUGAACUCAUACAAAACACAGUCAAGUUCUUGAGUCAGCUAUUGUCCAGGUCCAAAUUUGAGAAACGGCCUAAUGGCUUUUCAAAAGUAACUUCAAAUAAAAGUAAGUUUUCGGAUUUCAUCCUGUUUGGUUUCACAAAAGAGUUCUUGGUGUUAAUUGAGCUUUGUUCUGCAUUAUUCGACGAUGUUGAGAUUGAAACCAACGAGAACGGAAUGGUUGAUGAUUCCGAAUUGUCUACCUAUCUUAAAGGUAUCAAACAAAGGGAGGUAUUCAUCAACUGGUUGAAGAAAUACAACGAGAGUGUCAUGAAGGAAUUGAUCACUAAUGCUCAAGAUAACUUUGAAAAGGUGUUCAUCCAUAUAUGUGCUGGUAACGUCAAAGAUGCCAUUCUAUGUGCGAUCGAGGCUAAAAAUCACCAUUUAAGUGCCAUUUUGACAUUCAUAGAUUCCAAUUUUGAUGGAAUCAAGAAAAUGGCUAAAUUCCAACUAGAGGACUGGGCUGGUAAUGAUUUGAUUCCAGCUAAUCUUUUGAAAAUCUAUAAAUUCAUUUCAGGAGAUUAUGAUGAGGUGUUGGUCGACUUACCAUGGAGUAUUCGUCUUGCUUGCAAAGUAUACUAUCAAGAUGCCAGUGUCAAAUUAUAUGAAUCGAUUGAGGAAGUGGCGGAAGCCAAAGAAUCUCGUAGCAGCAGUAUUAUUGAAGUAUUAAAGUUUUACUGCCGCUUCCAUCUUAAAGGAGAAGCAUCAGGCUUGGAAUACUUCAGGGAAUCUCCACUUGAUAUCUCAAUCAAGUGGCCAAUUCUUAAAAUACUUGGAGAAGGACUCGAUGACAACAUCACCUUGAAGUUCGGAAAACUUGUGGAACAACUAGGACUUUGGAAAGAAUCCUUGUUUGUCUAUGCUCAUCUUCUCAACGACGCACACGUCGAAACAUGUACCAAACAAGUAGUACAUGAAAACAUCAAAGAAAUCAAGAACGAUAAGACCCACAUAGAUGAAGAACCAUACUUGGUCAAUACCUUGGGGGUACCUUAUAAAUUGAUCUAUGAGUCUGUGGCUACAACCGAAAUGAAUUCCUCCAAAGACUACUGGAAAGCCUGCGAUGCGUUCAUUACUGCCAGUUCCUGGGACAAGGCCCAUGAAUGUAUCGUGGAAAAUCUUGGUCCUUCCACAGUCAUUUCUCAAGACAUCUUGGAUAUUAGAAGGUUGCAAAGGGUGUUAUCUUCUUUCCCCGAUAACGGCAAUAUUAUUGCAACUUGGUCUCAGGGUGCUGGAAUCUUCCAACACUACUUUAACUUGUUUCCUUAUAUCAAGCAGGGAAAGUCUCCCCAUGAUAAGAACGAUAUUAUCGAAUCAUUGUUGGAUAAUAUUCCCGUGUUGAAGGUUGACUCGCGCAUUACUUCCAGGGCCGCAGCAUGUAUUAUUUCUAGAGACAUUGGUAUUUUGGCCAUGGGCUCGAAAAUUGGAAACUUAAAACAACGGGUUUUCAAUUUGCCUUUGGGAGAGGAUGAAACCACCUUCUUUGAGUCCCGUCUCUUAACGUAA